AGCCCGCCUCACGCGGGCAGUCAGCGCUGCUCCGCACCUGCCGCCGCCGCGCGCGCGCUCGCCCCGUGGGCGGGCGUGGACGAUGAGCGAGCCGCGCUGCUUCAAGCGGGUGGGCCCCUACGACCUCUUCACCACCCUCGGCCAGGGCAGCUUUGCGAUUGUCUACCGGGGCCAGCACCGGAUAAGCAAGCGGACGGUCGCAGUCAAGGCGAUCGUGCGCGCGCGGCUCAACCAGAAGCUACAGGCCAACCUCGAGGCGGAGAUCUCGAUCCUUCAGACGCUGCAGCACCCACACAUCGUGCGGCUGCACGACGUGCAGACCACCGAGCGGCACGUCUACCUCGUGAUGGAGCUGUGUCCCGGCGGCGACCUGCUGCGCGUCAUCCGGUCGCAGGGCGCGCAGACCGAGGCGCAGACGCGCGGGUACAUGCUGCAGCUCGUGCGCGGGCUCGCGUACCUGCGGGAGCACAACCUCGUGCACCGUGACCUCAAGCCGCAGAACCUGCUCCUCUCCUCGCACCUACCGGACGCGACGCUCAAGAUCGCCGACUUUGGCUUCGCGCGCUACAUGCAGCAGGCGGACCUGGCGGAGACGCUGUGCGGCUCGCCGCUCUACAUGGCGCCCGAGAUCCUCCGCUUCCACAAGUACGACGCCAAGGCGGACCUCUGGUCGGUCGGCACCAUCGCCUUCGAGCUCCUCACAACGCGGCCGCCCUACACGGGCGCAAACCACGUCCAGCUGCUCCAGCACAUCGAGGCGUCCGAGGUGGAGCUGCCGGGCGGCAUCUCGCAGGAGUGCGCCUCCUUGCUCCGCUCGCUGCUACGGCGCGACCCGACGCAGCGCCUCUCCUUUGGAAGCCUCUUCACCCACCCCUUCCUCUACCCUCCGGAGCUCAGCGGCGGCAGACCCGCCUUCCCUUCAAAGGCGCUCGCGCUGCACGUCAAGGCGCUCGACUUGACGCAGCAGGCGAUGCAGCUCGCGCCGUCUCAGGCGCCGACCGCGGCAGGCGGUAGCGAGGCCCUGGCCCCGCGCGACGAGGCGCACGAGGACGUGAUGCGCGAGCGCUUCUCGACGCUGCUCGAGCGAGCAGAGUGGAUCCGGCAGCAGCUUCGCCUGACGGCGAGUGAGGCGUCGCGCGGCGGCGCGACGACGGCGUGCGUCGAGGAGCUCCUCUACCGGCACGCGCUCGGGAUGGGGCGGGAGGCGGCGGUGGACGAGAUGGUGGGCAAGUGGGCGGCGAGCCGCGCGCUCUACCAGCGGGCCAAGCUGCUGCUCGAGCAGCUCGCCGAGGAGCCGCUCGUCGGCGCCGCCGACCGCGCCGUGCUGAGCAAGUACGCCGCGGGCUUCGCUUGGCGGCUGAGGGAGAUUGAGGAGCAGCUCGCCGAGGAGCGAGGAGGCGACUGACGCCCGGGCUCACGGGUUGGGCGGGGAGGCACUAAGCGGCAAUCGCUCUUCGCCCGGACCGCCCGCGUGUUGGUGUCCGUUUGGGGGGCGCGGCUGAGCCGGGUGCGCCCCCGCGGCCCUUGUUCAUCGAUCUCGGCGCUCGGCGCGUGUGCUGAACUCUCUCAUUUAUGUGGAGCAUGAUGAGGCGCGUGGGUACUUUCGCUGUCGGCGGCUCGGAGCACUUGGAGUGCGGUUUUUAGUAGCGAGCCGAGCUCGACGAGAGAGAGCCACAGAGGAUCCGCCUAAAAGAGAGUCCUCUAUAUAUACGAAAAGACGGUCUCGCACGUGAGCUUU